CAAAAACUGAAUGACAACCCAUAGAAAUAGGAUGGGCUGGCACCAUUUAAGCCCCUCAAAAUGCUUGCUAUGCACUUUUCCUGACUCUCAGUUCUCUCUCAAAGUGUACUUUGGAAACUUUACAGUUAAGAUUAAAUACCGACUUUGUUUGAUGGAUAUGGACGACCCUUUGGAUUUCGAGGUAGAAGACGACCUUCUCAAAUCCCCUACCAUUAACAACAAUAAACGGAAGAAAGUUAUUGGGUUGGAUGAUCUUCUUAAAGAUCACUACAGAGAACAGAACACGCUUAUAGAGAAGCGGAAGAAGCAGGCAAAGGCAAAGAACAAACGUUCCUAUGAUGAUGAAGAUCGCAAGGAAGCUUGGUUGACUAGGAUAGUUGACAAAUGUCACAAUCAGUUGAAAGCUUUUGGCGAAGAACAAGAAAUUCCACUAUGGGGUGUAAAAGUUUUUGGAGAUCAGAAAGCCUUUCCCUCCCUGGAUUUUCCUGAUAUUGGAAGUUGCAACCUUUUACAGUCGUUUUUGAACAACAAGCUAAAUUCAGUGGUGGAAUUGGCUGCAGACAGAGGAGAUAUCUUUCUUGAAGGGUUACUAGUCAAUGGUUGGCUUCCAAAAUUAGCUUUCCUUUGUGGUCAUGUAGAAAAACCAGUAGCCAUUUGGGCCUUCAACACAAUGUUAUAUUCAUCAAAAGAAGAGCUCCGAAACUCUUCCAGUGACUUUUGGUGUGCGAUUCUGUCUUCUAAAAAUGAGGUUGAUCCAUUGUCUGUCAAAAUUGAUUGGUUACCUGAGUAUACAGAUUUGAGAAGGGCUCUUGACAUUUAUGGGUUUCUCUUUAAAUUUUGUGCUGAGCCUAAAAAUUUAGAUUCUGACAUUAGAGGACCACCUCAAAAUCUUAGAGCUUGGGUCAAAUUUGUCACUGCUUGUUGUCUGAUAAGGAGUAAGAAACCUAUCUUCUCUACUGCAGAAGCUGAAGAGAUAGUUGAAAUUAUUAUAUGUAUAUUACUAGAUCGCCUGUUUCAGGGUUUGUUGGUUCUUUUGAAUGACUGCAUGCAAGCAAUUGUCAAUUACUUUACAGACCAGGAAUGGUGCUCAAGUUGUGAGAACAUAGCAAAAUUCAUUGCUUGCAGAGUCUCUAAGGAUUUGAAUUGCAUCCAGGCUAUUGACUGCGUUUCAGGAGUUGGUUCUCGUUGUAAGCAACUUAAGAGUGCUCUUGCUCAUCAAAGCCUGCUUUCUUGUUUUGAUGGAGUCAACAGUGGAGAAGAGAUUCUCAGAUCAUUUACUGCAAUUAACUUCAAAGACAAAAGUUGCGAUUUCUUCAAGAUGUACAUUCACUUAGUUUUGACAGAGAAUUGGGUUUUGUCCAACUCAUUAAUUGAAGACAAUCCAGUUAUCUAUGAGAUGUUCUGUCUUUUUCUUAGACAUUGUUCUACCUUAAUAUCAGCCACAGACCUACGAUCCUAUGCAUCAAAGGUUCGUCAUAGGGCUUCAUAUCUUCUACACUUCUCCAUCUAAAUAUAAUUGGCUUCAGCCUGAGAUGGACAAAUCUUAAAGGGUGAAAGGUUUAAGAAUGCUGCAUUACAUUGGCACCUACAACUACGCACGUUAUUUUGACUAAACAUCAGAUUCUUCAGACUCCCAGAAUGCAUUUCUUUCCUGAAGCUUGAGAUGUUAUAAUGCCAUUCUUAAAUCAAAGAUGCAAUAGUGAAUGUUGGUUGUUUUUGCUUCUUGUUGGCUGGCAUGAAUCAAGAUCCGUUGCUCAUCCUAGGUUAUAAGUUACUGGCUCGUGGCAGCCUUUCGCACAGUAAAAAAAGAAAGCAUAAGGUGUAACUUAUGUUAUAAUGGCAUAUCCUUGUGUUGUGCCGCUUAUGUUAAAGUCCAAGCGUACCUUCUGUAGUUUCUUAUGUUCAAGGCAAUGCCUCCAGCAACAAAAAUAUUUUGGAUACUUCUACUAUUUUUACCUUUAUGGCUAUAUUUACCCAUAAUUUUCAUAUUUUUCUACU